AUGGAAGAGCCGCGUGGACGUCAUUCGGCCUCGCAUGAAAGCGUUGAGCUCGAGCAAUUCGAUCUGGCAGCUUAUCAAGCGCGUAAUCUCGACAUCGAGUCGUUGCCUUCUUCUCGCGAACAAUCCCCCUCGCGCUCGAUGACGAACAAGCCCGUCUAUGAACCUCACAGCUCAUCAACAACUGCAAGAACCUCGUUGAGCAGUCUGCAUAGUACCACGCAACUGCAGAAGGCCAGAAGCAUGCCCGACGAUUUCGGUCUGCUCGCGACGAGUUUUGCGCUCAUUGCGCUCGUGGGCACAAACGAUUCGGCGACUGGAUCCGUGCUGGAAGCGAUUGCACAGCACUACGGUCUCUCCUAUGAGCGUGUAUCAACGGUGUUUCUGGCCAACGUUGCGGGGUACUUGUUCAGCUGUCUGGUGACGACCAAGUUGACCCAUUCUAUCGGGUUUCGGCAUACUUUGAUACUCGGCGCUGGCAUUCUUGGUGCAUCUUCAUUGCUCAUCAGUCGGACGCCCCCUUUCUACGCUGUCAUUAUAGCACUGGUCGGCUUUGGAUUAGCAGGCGGGCUACUGGACUCCGCACUGUCCACGGUCAUCGCGCACAAGCAAGGUUCGGGCAACCUCAUGCAGUACAUGUAUGCCUGCUUUGGCAUAGGAGCUUGCCUUGCGCCUAUCAUCGUGGGCGGGAUUCUCGACCGAAAGCUAAACUGGUCGCUGUAUUACUAUGCGCCGAUGGCAGCUUCGAUCAUGCUCAGUAUUGCGAUCUGGUUCACGUUCAAUGGCUAUGUCGAGCCUCGUGACGAGGGGGAUUCGUCGCUCGAUGGCUCAGGAGUUGCAAAGCGAAUGCUUGCAGCUUGCAAGAGCAAAGUUUUGCUCAUUGGUGCGAUCAUGAUGGCUUCAUCGUUUGGCAUGACAGACUCUGUCAGCGCAUGGCUCGUGUCGUGGCUCACAACCGAACGCGACGUCUCUGCCGCUACAUCUCGCUACUAUCUGUCUGCCUUCUGGGGCGGCAUCGCACUCGGACGAACCCUGCUGAGCCUGAUCGCAGCUGCUGUCGGACUCUCGGCCAAGUGGCAAGCAGUGUCGUACCUAUCGAUCUGCUGCGCCUUGUUAGGUCUAGUGUGGUUAAUCCAUGUCAUCGCCGUCGAUGCCUUUGCCAUUGUUAUGCUCGGCAUCUUUAUGGGGCCAAUAACGCCUGCGGUGCUAGCACAGAUAUCUGCAAGCUCUGCACCGUCACUCAAGGGUAGCGUCGUGUCGCUCAGCAUCGCAGUAGGCCUCGCCGGCAGCGCCAUUGGACCUCUGGCUUACGGCACACUGGCAGAAUCGACAAGCUUAGCUACUCUACCGCCUUUUAUGAUCGGCAUCUGCGUCUUCUUAGGCGCGCUGUGGCUUGUCUUCCCAGCUCGUUCAAGACGUGACGACUGA